AUGACAUCUCCCGGCACAGACUCCGCGAAAGCCGCUGCGAGACCCUCGCCACUGGCUUGUACUGAGUGUCGGAAGAAGCAUCUCAAGUGCGACGCAGCAGUACCGAUCUGCUCUCGGUGUACAUACAAAGGCCUUGCCUGCAGCUAUACUCCUUCGCGGCGUGGCUGUGGCGCCAGGUCUCGAAGGCUACAGUCACCUCGUCCGACUCUUCCACCAACGCCGGGAUCUGAGCCAACCGACUAUCUCCCACAUGGAGGGCAGCAUCGACCUCCUCCAAUGCCCUACAGUGGCACGGCUCCUACCAGCGAUGCGUCAAGUCUUAGUCAACGGCCGCAGGAGGCUUCGACUCCAGGCUCAUCAUCUACGACGUCAUCGCUGCGCUCUGAGGAUGAACAUUUAACGAACCUGUACUACUCAAACUUCCAUCCAGGCCAUCCGAUACUGCUGCCGCGAAGUCGAUGCUCUGAUAAGACCUAUCCACCCUAUCUGAGAGCAACUGUCAAGUUGAUUGGUAGCUACUAUGCCCCAGGUAUUGCAAGCGAUCCUUUGCAGACGAUCCUGACAGAGACACUCCGAGCAAGUGAUGCAAGAUCACCUGAGAUGGUCCAAACGCUCCUACUCUACGUCCUACUUCUGCACUCCCGGUAUGAGCCUAUGGAAGCCACGGCGUGCAUGUCUCGUGCAGUAGAGAUGGCGAUCAGCUUGGGCAUGCAUACGGCAGAGUUCGCGGCGAACCAAGCACAAGGGGACGCUCUGUAUGAAGAAUCAUUGCGUCGGACUUGGUGGGAGUUGUACAUCACCGACGGCUACCUCGCGGCACUUCAUCGCAACACAAGCUUCCGAAGUAAUACAGUCGCCUCUACGACGCUGUUGCCUUGCGAAGAGUCUGCAUACGCGGAAGGACGCAUUACGAUAACCCCAAGCACGCUCGAAAUGUUCGAAGACAGACUAUUCUCGGACGAGGAAUGGCGAUUCUCAUCGUAUUGCUAUCGUAUCGAUGCUGUUCGGAUCUUGGCGAGAGUGAUUGCGGUAUCGACAAACAAUGCAGCAAAAGCAGACACUAUCCAAGCUAUCGACAACGCUAUUGCCUCAUGGCAGCUACAUCUACCCAACGAGAAAGCCCGCCUUGUCAGUCAUGGGGGCGAGAUGGACCACCUCAUGUUCCAAGCCUUCACAUUUAUUCGAUGCGCCAGCAUUUUCCUGCACUUCCCAAGGUCCGAGUUACCCAUCACGAUGCCGCCGGCAGCAGACGUCGCUUGUGCCCAGCAACAUAUGGAACAGGUCUCGCCAACAUCGACCCAGCAUGCCGUGAAGGCCCUCUCGGCAUCUAAGGAACUUGCCAACCUCGCCACGCUACCAGCUCACGAUCAAUCACCACUCUUCAUCUGUGGCCUGGUCUUCGCAUGUAUCGUUCAGCUGUCAGCAUGCUGUGCCUACUCUCAUAGUGACACCCAACAAAAUCGAGAUCGGGUUGCACUCAUCAUUGGCGCGCUGAAAUCGUUGAGCCGGCAGUGGCCCAUUGCACAGCAUGUUACACAGCAGCUAAAGAGAGCUGCCAACGAGAUCUUCAAGCCCCGUGCCGUCGCUUCGAUACCAACAAGCUCUCCUGGACCGUCUGCGAGCGACUUUGCGACUUUCCCGGCUGAUCUGUCGUGGCUUGACAUCUUCUACAGCGAGGGAAUGCAAAAUCAGCUACUACCUGAAGGCGAAAUGACGAGCAUCUGA